GCUCUUCCGGUGGAGACGUGGCUCUGUACUGCUGCCAUAUUGACGCUAGCUGGCUAACAAUCAUACAACUGGAAGUCAGCUGCAUAUUCGCACCUUGCUAUUCCAGUGUGAUUAGAAAUCCCCCAAAGCAGGAAACGCGAGAGACUGAAGAUCGUCGUACAGUAGAGAGAGACCAAAAUGGUGCUGUUGGCAGCGGCGGUGUGCACCAAGGCCGGCAAGGCCAUUGUAUCGCGGCAGUUUGUGGAGAUGACCCGAACACGUAUUGAGGGUCUCCUGGCUGCAUUUCCUAAACUGAUGAACACGGGCAAGCAGCACACCUUUGUGGAAACAGACAGUGUUCGCUACGUGUACCAGCCACUCGAGAAACUCUACAUGGUCCUCAUCACCACCAAGAACAGCAACAUCCUAGAGGACCUAGAGACACUCAGACUCUUCUCCCGAGUGAUCCCAGAAUACUGUCGUGUGCUGGAGGAGAGCGAAAUAUCAGAGCACUGUUUUGACCUGAUCUUUGCCUUCGAUGAGAUCGUGGCAUUAGGCUACAGAGAGAACGUUAACCUGGCUCAGAUUCGCACCUUCACAGAGAUGGAUUCCCAUGAGGAGAAGGUUUUCCGAGCUGUCAGAGAGACCCAGGAAAGAGAGGCUAAGGCAGAGAUGAGGAGGAAGGCCAAGGAGCUGCAGCAGGCUAGGAGGGAUGCUGAGCGCUCUGGAAAGAAAGUGCCAGCUUUCGGUGGCUUCGGCAGCGCUGGCAUGACCAGCGUCUCCUCAGGGUCCAUCAUCACAGACACUAUUGUUGAGCCAGAGAAACCUAAGAUUACACCUGCUCCUGUCAGACCAAGUGGACCCAGUAAGGCUCUGAAACUGGGUGCUAAAGGGAAAGAAGUGGACAACUUUGUUGACAAACUCAAGUCUGAGGGUGAAACCAUCAUGCCCACCACAGGAAAGAGAGGCUCAGAUGUAUCAAAGGCGCUGCCACCACCAGUCAAUGUGGAGAGUGUACACCUGCGGGUAGAAGAGAAGAUCUCGCUGACUUGUGGACGUGACGGUGGUCUACAGAACAUGGAGGUGCUGGGCAUGGUGACGCUCCGAGUCACAGACGACAAGAAUGGUCGCAUUCGCCUUGUCAUCAACAAUAAUGACAACAAAGGACUGCAGCUGCAAACACAUCCCAAUGUGGACAAGAAGUUGUUUACAGCGGAGUCAGUGAUUGGCCUGAAGAAUCCAGAGAAGUCGUUCCCUCUCAACAAUGAUGUUGGUGUGCUGAAGUGGAGACUACAGACCACAGACGAGUCCCUCAUACCUCUAACCAUAAACUGCUGGCCUUCAGAGAGUGGCACUGGCUGUGAUGUCAACAUUGAAUAUGAGCUGCAGGAGGAGAGCCUCGAGCUCAAUGAUGUGGUCAUCAGCAUCCCUGUACCAUCUGGGGUGGGCGCUCCUGUGAUUGGUGAUUUGGAUGGAGAGUACAAACAUGACAGCAGACGAAACGUCCUGGAGUGGUGCCUACCUGUCAUCGAUGCCAACAACAAGACCGGUAGCCUGGAGUUCAGCAUCGCCGGACAGCCCAAUGAUUUCUUCCCUAUCAGUGUGUCCUUUGUGUCCAAGCGCAACUACUGCGACAUCCAGGUUACCAAAGUGACUCACGUAGAUGGCGACAGCUCUGUUAGAUUCUCUUCAGAAACCUCCUUUGUUGUUGACAAAUACGAAAUCCUGUAAAAUAUAUUCAGAAAACGACAAAAUCAAAAAAAUCACCAACAAAAAAAAGUCCAAAUCUAUGCUACAGAGAAAGAUUGAAGAUUUCUUGCCUGCCCACCCUGUAUACUAUUUCAGAGACUGUGUACAUCGACAGGACUACGUCAGCCCUCUGGCAAAGCCUCUUCCUGUGUUGGAGCAGAGCAGCGGUGGUGUAUUUAUAUGUUUGUAUGAGAGAGGAUCAUCUAUAUAUAGAGUUAAUUGAACAGGAAAACCCACACAAAAAGAAAACUACACUGAUGCUGUUGUGUUCGCCAAGCAGAACUGUAAAGAGAACUUCAGACAAAGUAGAGGAUGACUGCAGGGGUGAGGCCACGAGAGGCCAGUGUCCAUCUCAUCAUCAGUCUAUCAGUAAAACCCUGCCAGGUGGUAGAGAAGGAGAACAGGGACCUGAGGCCACUGUAUCAGUCUACACUAGAAAGAGCGCUGGUAGUUUAGCAUCCCCUGAGAGUCAUGCUUCCUCCACAAACUCUCCCUUCACACUCACAUUGCAGUGGUUCAUCUAUUCUUGAAUGGGGCUCUUGCUUUCUUUCUUUUCAGAUUUUCUUAUCCAUAAUAACUGCAGCAUUGUAGCUGUCUCAGCCUGUCGCUCUUUAAUCGUUAAACUAUUGUGAUUUGCUCUAUUGAUAAUCUCACGUCAGAUGAUGGUUGUUUUUUUUCCUUUCUUGUGAGAACACUGAUUUUUCAGUUUUUGUAGCGGUAACACAUUGGUUCUUUGCUGAAAAACAAUAUAUGGCUUUGUGCUAAACAUAUUGUCUGUACUGUCUGCGGUUAUCAUCAGAAAAAUUGUGUCCUUUUAUUUUUAACUUUGAUAUUUUUUACUGUUUGCUGUAUAAGUUGUCAUUGUUUACCACUAAUCUGGAUAUUGAAAUUUGACAGUGAAGAGCAGGACUUUGUAAGGGAUUCUCAGCUGCAGGGCAAAGUUAACUACCAGUAAAUACAUUUGACUUUCACAUCUGUUGAAUUUUCUUAUGACCUUUUUUUGUAGCACCAUUGCAGCCACUCCUCACUUUGUCAAACGGAAACGCCAUGCCUCACUCUGGUCCAUUUAAGUCCAAUGAUAAGCCCUUAGAUAUGACGGAAUUAAAAGUACUUUGAACGCGGCCCUUAAACGACAUACAAGCCCCUAAUCUAACAUCUGACAAGGCGUUUUAGAUCUGCGACGGGAGUGGAUGUGUUGGUUUGAUAGUGGAACUCCAUACACACUAGCAGAGCAGGGAUCGCUGACUGCCACUCCCCUCACAUCCAAGGUAAGCAGAGCAACUACUGGAGCCCUUGCAGUGAACUCUGCUGCUGACACCCCUGUUCAUCCACCCAGUCAUCCUUUACAUACAUUCUCACAGUACAACAACAUUAUUCAAAAUAUAAUGUUUGUCUUUCAUGUUCUUGUUCAUGUUUGUUUUUUUUUUCUUCAUUUGUACUCCCCAAAUUUCAAUUUAGCAAUGACUGUGUGGAUGUGGGGUUGAAAAUGGCUAUUUUGAGCAUUUUUAACUAAAUUACUGAAGGGGAAUCUUAACAUUCCAGUGUACAAUUAGAAAAAAAGAAUCUUUAAUGGAAUAAAAUGUAUUAUUGAAAAUGUAA